ACGGGCUGGGGAUUAUCCCCGUCUGGGCCAGUCGAUUCCUCCCGCAGCCGUUCGGAACGGAGCGCUGGGGCGGGCAGGAACAGCCCCGCGGGGGCUACCCCGGGGCCAGCGCUGACUCUUUCUCUCUGCCGGUUGCGGCAAGCGGGGCCUCUGUUGUUUCCCAAGAAAACUUGAGAAUUAAAUGGCUCGUUCCACUUCUGAUGUCCUCCGUUACCUGUAACCAGCCGGUGACAUCUGUACUUGUGCGGCUGGGGCAGAGCUCCUCUGGUGCAAUGGGAACUAUGCCCUGAGGAGUGGUAAGAGUUGGCCAUAGCCAUGACAGAGCCCCACAGGGUUUCGUUCACCACUCUCCAUGGUCCACUGAGCAGCACCUUCCUGAAGAGGUCUCGGAAGGAUGAUGCGGAGCAGCCCCAGGACGUGGAGCCGGCUGCCACUGCCGUUCGGAUCACACUCACCCUCUUUGAGCCAGACCACAAACGUUGCCCUGAAUUUUUCUACCCGGAUCUUCUGAAGAGCUGUCGAGGCAAAAUAAAAGGUGGUUCUUCGGGAGACAAGAAGAAAGACCUGGCUGAUCCCUUUAAUGAUGACGAAAAGGAAAGGCAUAAAGUAGAGGCUCUGGCAAGGAAGUUUGAAGAAAAAUAUGGUGGCAAGAGACGCAGGAAGGACCGGAUUCAGGACUUGAUUGACAUGGGGUACGGAUAUGAUGAAUCCGACUCCUUCAUCGAUAACUCUGAAGCGUACGAUGAGCUUGUUCCAGCUUCGCUUACUACAAAGUAUGGAGGGUUUUACAUCAACUCAGGAACGCUGCAGUUUCGCCAAGCAUCUGAAUCUGAAGAUGACUAUGUUAAAGAGAAGAAGAAGAAGUGUCCCAAGAAGCGGAAGUUGAAAGACGGAGGUGAAAAAAUGAAGAAGAAAAAGAAAGAUGAUUCUUACGACAAGGAAAAGAAAUCCAAGAAAUCCAAGUUUCCCAAAGCUGGCUUUACGGCAUUAAAUGCUAGUAAGGAGAAGAAGAAAAAGAAAUACUCUGGAGCUCUUAGUGUCAAGGAGAUGCUGAAGAGGUUUCAGAAGGAGAAGGAUGCUCAGAAGAAAAAAGAUGAAGAGCAGAAAGUGGUGACUCCUUCACCAGCAGAACCCCCAGCCCCAAGGGAGGCAGAGGCGACGGCCGACCCUUUGCUCUCACUCUUUGGCCAUGCCAGUGACAAUGACCUGCUUCAGGCAGCGACUGCUAUGGACUCCUUAACUGACCUCGACCUGGAGCGGCUCCUCAGUGAGUCCCCAGAAGGGAGCCCCUGUCCUGACGUGGAGGAUGGGAGCAAUCCUGCAGGGAUGGGUUUGGAGCAGGAUUUCAAGCAACCACCCUCUCUCCCAGAUGGCCUCCCAGCCCCUUUGGAGAAACGCAUCAAAGAACUGGCUCAGGCUGCCAGAGCUGCUGAGGGAGAAGGCAGACAGAGAUUCUUCACUCAGGACAUCAACAACAUCAUAUUGGACAUCGAGCUGCAGACCCGGGAGCUGAACAGCCAGAUCCGGUCAGGGGUUUAUGCCCACCUGGCUGCUUUCUUCCCCUGCAGCAAGGACACUCUGGUCAAGCGUGCCCGUAAGCUUUACCUCUAUGAGCAGGGUGGUCGGUUGAAGGAACCUCUGCAGAAGCUAAAGGAAGCCAUUGGAAGGGCCAUGCCAGAACAGAUGGCAAAGUACCAGGAGGAAUGCCAAGCCCAUACUCAGGCCAAGUUUGCCAAAAUGCUGGAAGAAGAAAAGGACAAAGAGCAGCGAGACCGAGUUUGUUCUGAUGAUGAAGAGGAUGAAGAAAAGGGAGGAAAGCGUGCUGCAGGACCACGAAAGAGGUUUCAAUGGAAUGAUGAAAUCAGGGAGCUGCUUUGCCACUUGGUGAAGAUUAAGUUGGAUGGUUAUGACCUUGACAAGAAUAAGGCUCAGUCUCUAGAGGAUUAUGUGAAGACCUUCCUAGAUGGAGAGGUGAAGCCCCUUUGGCCAAAAGGCUGGAUGCAGGCCAGGUCGAAGAAGAAAGUUAUAGCUUCUACUAAAGUGAAAGUGAAGGAAUCUUCCUGCAAACCAGAUAAAAAGAUGUCACUUUCUGUUCCUUUGAUGCACUCAAGCAACACCUUAGCUCUGUCUUCAGAGCCCCAGGGGGGAGCUUUGGGCAUCAGUGCCCAAACCAGAGAACUUUUGUCCCUUGGGACAGCCCAGGCAGCCAGCAGCACUGGCACUCCCGCUACCUUCAUGGAUGACUCCUUGGAUGAGGACUUAAUUCAUAAUCCCACUUCCUCGCUCGAAGCAGUCUCUAAGGAACUGGCUGUGCUGAACAGCAGAGCAGGAGGGAGUCCUGACUUUACUCUUCCUGGGGCUCUAAAAGCUCCACCAGAAAAGAUCCCAUCCUCAGAGGAGAAGAGGACGUUUUCAAAGUCCAACCCUUCCCCUACAUCAUCCUCUGGUUCCCUUCAGUCUCCUCUAAACUUCCUGGCUGAGCAGGCCCUGGCAUUGGGCCAGUCUUCUCAAGACAAAAAGACAGAGAACUCUAAUUACAAAGAGCUCUCCUGCCAAGCCUCCCCCAGCAAAAUCCUUCCUGAUGCACACCAGGCUAAACAGAAACACCACAGUCUGGUCCGGCCAGGCCACGGCCCUCAGACUUCUGCGCCAGUGCCGGCUUCUCAGGUGAAGGUCUUUCACUCAGGCAGCCAGGUACAGAAAACAUUCACCUCCCCAGCUCCAUUUGUCAAACUGCAGAAUCCCAAGUCCUCCUCCCCACUGCCCCAGCGCUCUCUCCUCCAACAGGUCAAGUCAUCAACCAAAGCUCAGAGCUUCCAUUCCUCUGCAUCACCAGGCAGCACCCAAAACUCAAGCAACUCCCACAAGAGCCCAGGUUCAUCAUCAUCACCUCUCAGCUACACAGGAAAGCAUUCAAGUGGCUCUAGCUCGUCAGGACAAUCUUACAAAUCACCUUUCGUUUCUGGUUCUCUCUCCAAGCAUGGAGCUUCUUCUAGCAGCUCCUCAUCUGGAGCUUCUGCAAACCAGGGCUGCUCCUCUGGGAGCUUGCUGCACAGCGUGCAGACACCCUCCUCGGGCCAGGCAUCCAGCCGCCCGUCCUCAAGCUCCUCGGUGAAGAAGACACCUGUUUCACAGAAGCUGACUCUGGUGGCACCUCCGGGAGGUUCAAAUGGAGAUUCUAGUGGGGGCACUCAAGGGGUGGCCAAGUUGCUGACCUCCUCCCUCAAGCCAGCUGUCGUUAGCAGCACCGCAUCUUCUACCUCUGUGCCGAAAGGAACUAGUGGAGCUGUGCUGCUAACAAGUUCUUCCUCCUUAAGUGUACUGGCUCCAUCCUACAAGUCCAGCAAUCCAAAGCUGCCAGCUGCCCUGAGCUCCACGCCGUUAGGUAUUAUCUCUCCUAUUCAUUCCUUCCCUCUUCAUGUCAUCUCCUUCAGUUCAGACUCCUCCCCAAAAGCAGGAGUAUCAAAAGAUGCAAUAGUUACAGGACCUGCUCCAGGAACUUUCCACCAUGGCCUUGGCCACAGUCUUCUAGCUGGCUUGCACUCCAGCCCCCACCAUGCCGCGCCACUCCCACACUCUGCCCUGUCCACUCAUAUACCGCAGAGCUUGCCAGAUGCUUCUCAGCUUCAUGGCAAAGGGUCCAAUGCUCAGCAGCGCAAAUUGUGAUAUCUGCAAGGAGCAUAGGAUACAGCAUGCAUAGGAUAAAGCCAAGAGGAACAGAUCAUGGACUUUAAAUACCGGCUGUGUCUUUGGGUUUUUUCCCUCCUUUCUUUUUCCCUUCAUGACAACUGGAGACUGAACCACAAUGAAGAGCUUGUUGGUGUGUUGGCUCAGAGGCACUCAGAGCUAAGCCCCACACAAUGGCCACCUUGCACCAUGCCCUAAUGAGAGAUGCAUUUUGUAGCACUGUUUUAUUGCUGCUGCCCUUCAUGCAUUCCCUGGCACUGGCAGGAGCUGGAACUCGCAGGGAGACGCAGGUGGCUCAGCUUCUUGCAGGGGAUUCUCACCCACCUCUGUCUGUACCUGCCAAGUACCUCCAAGUCCAGUUACCUCCUUGGUCUCCCAGUGGAGGGUAUGGAAGGUGCUUCUCUCUUCUGAUUUGGAUUUACUUGGAUAAUUCUAGCGCUGCCAGUGCUUUCUGAAGACGUUUGAGGAACUGUUCAAUUGUACUAUAAAACACCGCUACAGUUCAAUGGAGAACUUACAUUUCUUGUGUGGUGAAUCUAACAAACCACCUGAUGUUCCCCUCUGGAGGAGAUGGAAGACUCUUUAGAGAGACAUUUUUAGAUGCAGUCAUUGACUCUGAGAAUUCUCCUUUUGGGUUUUGGAUUUUUUUUCCUCCAAAGGAAUGCUUUUUUCCUGCUCAGUUCUAUCCUCAUUACCAUCGAACGCAUUGGAUUGAUUCGGACAUCUCUCAGCAUGUCACGUGUAUAGGAAGACAUAAUUCCAGUGCCUUUUAUGGUGGAGCAAGAAUGGACUAGCGACACACAUUUCAGCCCUAUUUUGUGUGCUCCUUAACCCUUUUUUAAUCAUUCUGUAUUUAAAAUGUAUUCUGUUUAUUUAAUAGAGCUUUUUAUGGUUGCACAUCAAAAAAGAAAAAAAAAAAAACAAAAAAACACAAAAAGCUGCACUGUCUGGACUUCAGUGGUGUCCUGGUGCCUGUGAACACAGCACCAAACUCAGCAAGAGCACCAGUUUGUAGCUGAGGACGUGCAGGUGGGUUCCAGACCCUCCCUUAAAGCCAUUCUUUCCUAGGGUCGCCAGUUAGGAUAUCUUUGGUGGGCAGAGGGAAUGAUCUAUAUUAACCAAGGUCAAGUGAAUUCCAGAGAAUAAUACUGCUUUCCUUAAUGACUUCUGCACUAGGAUCAUGUGCUUGUUGCAGCUGCAGGAAUGGGACCUUCUAGAACUGGGGGGUCUAUUGUCUUGUGAAUUUGUAACUUUCAGACCUGAAUACUUCUCCUGAGCACCCUUUCAGUCAGUGCACUAAGGGCAGGCUGUGGAUCCAGCGGAGCAAUGUGGGGUUUGAUUUUCUGCUCUCCUCCCAGUUUGCCUUUGCUCAGCCUCCCCAACCCCCAGCCACAUCUGAAUCGUGCAGUAGUAGUGCUGAUCCACAUGGACUUCACUGGUAUUUCAAGCAAAAGGUUGCAGCCUUCCUUUGGGAGCUUUGGGAAGGAUGCUGACAUGGAGUAUACCAGCAGAUCUUUAGUUUUCCCUGGUUUUGACUGUUUUCAGUUUGAGCUGAUAGAUAAUUCCCCAAGAUCAGUAAAUAGAAUAAGCAGCUCAGAUUUAAAAUCUGUUUACAGAAAAUACCUAGGUUGUAGCAAAAGAGCCAAAGACAGAACUAGAUAUUAAAACUAAGCACAGCAGUUAUUGAUGGACUCUGAGCAGUGGAUGUCGCAUGGUUCUUGCUGAAGGCCUGAUCCUGCUUCCCCUGGUAGCUGACAGAGUGCUCAGAUACCUACAGGAUAGGGACCCUCAGCAAGUGACUUGAGGUACUGGUUCUACUCCUCUUUGCUUUCACUUGACUGCUUCUGCUGGGAAGCACCAUGUGCGUGGCUGGAGCAGAAUGCCCUCCUUCUAGGAAUUUAGCGAAGCCUCUUGCCUCAGGGAAAUGUUUCUUUGGUGGAAUUUCUGUGGGAUAUUUUUUCUUUACAUGCUAUAAUGAAUGAGUGAAUGGGAUGGAGCAGAGUCAUGGCAAGGCAGAACUGUGCAGAGGCCCAGCAGUGGAUGGGAGCCAGGAUUCUGGCAUCUCUGCCUUGAGAGGCAACUUGCAAUGCUCCCGUGGCAUGUGCUUCAGACAGCAGCUCCUUUUGGGUGUAAGAGCUGCAGGUUACUAUGGUAUUUUUUAGUGUGUCGGGGACUGUCUUGCUGAAGAUGGUGGGGGUGGUAUGCAAACUGUUCAUCUUGUACAGAACAACUGAAUAAAUUGUUUCAAAGUUUCCAAAA